UCCGGAGAACUUGUCAGGAAUGCACGUGGGAGCUGGUCUCUCAGUCAUGGUCUGCUCAGGGAUAUAUAAUCGGGUGCACCACUUGCCGUAGCAUCAUUUUCUCAGUCAUCAUGAAGGUAGUACUCUUUGUUUGCUUGUUCGCUGUUGCCUUCGCUCGCCCCGACGGCGACGCUGAAGUGCUGCGUGACGACCGCGUGGACCAGGGUGAUGGCAACUUCAAUUACGCCUUCGAGACAAGCAACGGCAUUUUCCAGGAAACUGUCGGUACCCCAGGAUCUGCAGGCCAGAGCAACGUGGUGGGAUCUUACAGAUUCACUGACCCCGACGGCAAUGUCGUAGAAGUCAGGUACACCGCCGACGAGGAAGGCUUCAGGCCUGAAUCUGACGCCAUCCCCCAGCCGCCCCCCAUCCCUGAGUUCGUCUACGAGCUCCUUGCCAUCGCCGAGCAGCAGAGAAGCAGCGGCGUCCGGUUCGAUGAUCAAGGAUUCGAAAUUUAAAUGAGCUCAAUCUGUGAAACGACGCUUUCCGUAAUCCUUCACGCCAGCCCUUUAAUUUGUAUUUCCCUCCCUCCCUUAUUCAAUAAAUGAUGUUCAUAUA